CCGAGGUUCCUAAGGAUAGUAAUGCUGCCCGAGUAGAAGGGAACAAACUGGAAAGCAGGCCGGUCAGCCAGGAAAAAUUGAUUGCGUAUCCGAUCGCGGGGCGGCAGAGAAAGUUGAGAUUUGCUCCACCGCAAAAGCCGGACCCGGAAAAGUAAACAGUUCUCCGUGUAGAGAAACUUCCAAACAUCCCCUCGUCAAUUGAUGAUGAAGCUUUUGGGGAAUCCGAGCGGACAUCUCUCUUUGUCUGGGAUUUGCGACACGAUAAACCCCAUCAGGACGGGCUUUGAUCUCGCCUAUGUGGUGCCCGGGAGGAAGAAAGUUAAGGGGAUCAGCUCACAGCCGCAGAGCGAGAGAGAUGCGCAAGUGUCAAUCCGGUCGGGCGCCUCAUCCUAAUUUCCUCUGGGCUUCCGGCUGUGGGGCGGCAGCUGAUGUGCGUGCCUUCGCCGGGUUUUAUUUGACGAUGAAGGACCAUUACUAUUCUUACCUUCACGGUGCUCAGCUGGCCGUCGAUACGGAUCCACCACUAGAAACGAAAAAGACGCUGCCCGGCUCUCGCUGCCAUUCCUUCCUUCACACUGGAUCGCCCAGGGUGAAAGGUGGAGUAAACCAGACAACGACAACGACAACAACAGCAACAACAACAACAACAACAAUGAGCUGGAGGCACACGAGUAUCCCUUCCUAAGGCUCAGAUCCGGCACGAAUCAGUCACAGAAAGUCCCUCAAGCGGGCAAGAGCCAGAGUGUCGCU